UUCUAUGUAUAAUUUCUCUGCCGUCUGCCUCCGUUCGUUAAAAUAUCUUUCAAUGUUUUCUCAUUUUUAGCCUUGCAAUCUGGUUUCGUUUCCAAUCUUUCAGGCUUCCUCAAAACAAAACAGAGUACUCUUUUAACUACCUUAAUUUACCAAAAUGGGUAAGUUUUGUUUUUGGAGUUUGGAGGCUCGGGGUCUUUAGUUUUCAUGCUAAAAGCUUUGUGGGUUUUGCCGAAAAUGUUUUUGUGGGUUUUGCUUUUCCUUUGAAGUGAGUUUCUUUGAAGAUAGUGCAAAGAAUAUUGCUGGUAAAAAUGUGAUGUUCACUGAUGCAAAAUCUGUCCUCAACAUGUCGAUCACAGUAACCGUAUCAGCGCAAAAUCCGCUAGCGUCUCCAGGAUAUAAAAUCUCCAUUAAAACAAAGAAGUUGCUGCAAAACCGUGAAAUUAUCUCUGGAGCAAGAGUUAAUGCAUGGGUUGAUUCCAUGAGAGCUUCUUCUCCAACUCAUACAAAAUCUACAUCUUCCGUUACAGAUGACCAAGUUACCUGGAAUCUCCAUCAUCCAUCUGCCCUUGAGAUGUUCGAACAAAUAAUAGAUGCAUCAAAAGGGAAACAAAUAGUAAUGUUUCUUGAUUAUGACGGCACUCUUUCACCAAUUGUUGAGGAUCCAGAUCGAGCUUUCAUGUCCAAGAAGAUGAGAAAGACUGUGCGAAAGCUUGCCAAGUGUUUUCCUACCGCUAUAGUGAGUGGCAGAUGCAGAGACAAGGUGUACAAAUUUGUCAAAUUAGCUGAGCUGUACUACGCUGGAAGUCACGGCCUGGACAUUAAAGGGCCAGAGAAACGUUCCAAAUCUAAAAGCGAUGGUGAGUCUGUUCUCUUCCAACCAGCUAGUGAAUUUCUUCCCAUGAUUGAUGAGGUUUACAAACAAUUGGUUGAUACUACAAAAUCAACUCCAGGAGCUAAGGUUGAGAACAACAAGUUUUGUCUUUCAGUACACUUCCGUUGUGUUGAUGAAAAGAAAUGGAGUGAACUAGCACAGCAGGUUAGGUCAGUUUUAAAGGAAUACCCCAAACUUCGGUUAACUCAAGGCAGAAAGGUUUUAGAAAUUCGUCCUACAAUUAAAUGGGACAAAGGGAAAGCCCUUGAAUUUUUGUUAGAGUCUCUUGGAUUCGCUAACUGUACCGAUGUUUUUCCCGUCUACAUUGGAGAUGAUUGCACAGAUGAAGAUGCAUUCAAGAUAUUGAGAGACAGAGGACAAGGCUUUGGUAUUCUUGUGUCCAAGUUUCCCAAGGAAACCAGUGCAUCAUAUUCUUUACAAGAACCAGACGAGGUGAUGGAUUUUUUACGUCGCUUGGUUGAGUGGAAACAAUUAUCUUUACAAGCUCAAUCCAGAAUGUAAAGACAGAAGAUAUGGGUAAAAUAAUACUAGUCCAACACCCAAGGAAGAAUCUUAAAAGGGCGUGUAAGAGCCCAUUUUUGCCCGGGCCCAUACCAGCAAAACAAACCCAAAUGAUAAAAACAAAAACAGUCCAUUUACAGAAAAUUUAAACCCAAAAUUACAAUGGUCUGAACGGCCCAAUAAGAAUUAAAACCCUAAAGCCCGAAUGACCCAAAACCUAAACUAGUUUUCAGCCAAGAGCAGACCCUAGCUGGCCGCCGCUCCUGCCCUAGCCUCUGUCACCUCCGCACGAGCACGCCUCUCCCCACGUACGUGCCACGUCCACAUCAUCGUACGGGCGUACACCUGCAACACACAAAGCAACAGAGCGCAAGCAAACAAGAAAAGGCGGACAGAAAAUAGCAGACAAAAAGGAGCAAAAAAAUAGCAAAAAGGGCAGAGAAAAAAAAAGGGAUGUAUUUGGAUUUAUUUUUUUCUGGAUCUGGCUAUAUAAAGCCGUUUUUGAAUCUGUAAAAGGGGGUUCUUUUUCCUCUACACACAAUAUCAGUAC